AUGAAGAACUACAUCUCUCAGAGUCCCAAUCUAAGUUUUCUAAUGGAAAAUGCAGGCUGGAAAAUCAACGAUGAGAAGAAAAUUACUGAUAAUGAAGGAUACUUUGAUGUGUCUAUUCCGUUGAGCAUGAUUUUGGAGUUUGCUGAAGAUUACCAGAGAAUUAUUGUGAACGCAAAAAAUGAGUCAAUUCUGACGCGCUCGCAUAACAAUCUUAAUGCUAUCAUUCAACAAGCUCCUGUUGCAGUACAGCAGGCUGAAACUUUCAAAAUCGCCAUUACCAAGAUUGAUUGGAUGAUUCCCUACAUCAAACCUGCAGACUGUCGGAAAGUGCAACUUCUUAAUCAGAUUUCAAAAGACAAUCUAGUGCCAAUCAGUUUUCGAGGUUGGGAACUGUAUGAGUAUCCGCUAUUGCCUAGAACAUCGAAACAUGUCUGGGUUGUCAAAACCUCAACACAACUGGAAAAACCUCGUUAUGUCAUUGUAGGCUUUCGAACAGCCAGAAAGAAUGAAGUCAUGAAAAAUGCCAGUGUAUUCGAUCAUUGUAAUAUUCGAGAAAUUAAGUUAUUCUUGAACUCACAAAGCUAUCCUUAUGGAAAUCUGAGUCUCGAUAUUGCACACAAUCAAUCAGCUCUGCUUUAG